AUGUCCCGUUUAUCCACACUUGUACUUUUGUCAAUAUCAACAAUCGGGAGGGCAACCCUACCUGCUGCCCUUCCAGCAUCCCAAUAUGGGACACUCCAAUUUCAACAAAAUGCAAACGUCACGCGCGUCACUUUUGACCAUCCUCCGAUAAACCUCUGCGAUAAAUUCCUCAUCUCGGACUUGUUUGACUUUCUCGAGUCCCUACAGCCGUCUAAUCGUACUACCCCUCCUCCCAAAGUCGUUGUAUUCGACAGUGCCAACCCCGAUUAUUUCUUGGGUCAUAUCGACGUCACCUCCAUUCAGCAACCUCUCACAACCGAAAAGGAAACUUUUACCCUGCAGUACAUCGCAGUUGCAAAUCUAUUCAACAGCAUAACUUCCACAAUAUUCAUCGCGGAGAUGAACGGUCGGGCAUUUGGGGCCGGGCAAGAGCUAACCGUUCAAAUGGACAUGCGUUUCGCAGGGCCCAAUGCCCGUGCCGGUUCUUUUGAGAAUGCUCUUGGACUUGUUGCCGGUGGCGGUGGCCAACUUUUUCUAGGAACACUCAUGAACCGCGGCCUUGCACUUGAAUAUCUCCUUGGAGCCAAAACGUUUGAUGGUCCAACCGGCAAGGCUCUAGGUCUUUUCAACAACUAUUACGAUACUGCAGAGGAAUUGCGCAGUGAAGUAGAUUCGCUCACUGCUCGCAUCGGGAAGUUCCCGGCCGCCGGUCUCAAUGAAACGAAAUCAGCGCUCAGUUUUCGCAAUCCGACAUUAAAUCAACUGAAUACCGAUGUAAUCGGAUUCUAUAAUUUGGAUCCAUUAGCGGCGGAACAGGCAAAUGUGGCCAAGUUCUUGGUUUUGAGUAAGAAUCAAACAAAUACGACUUUUGAGUUAGGCUUAACAGACUCGGCUUUGGCUUUAGAUACGUAA